UUGUAUUCGAUACGAUACGUAUGCAACAAUAAUAUUUAAGAGCAUUCGGCAACAAUGCUUAAAAUAUAAUUAUUACUAACUGUAUUUAUUUAGUUUUUAUAUAAUAAAUAAUUACGUGAUUUUUAUAACAGUUCUUCUAUUCGAUUAUAAACAGGCGUAGGAUAACCUCCAUUAAAGUAACAAGCGUCAAAGUUACUUUAUUUUGUAAUAAUGUUAGCAUUCGUUGAUUCGUAACAGAAUUUGUUUGUCGCUGCGUAUAAUGGAACUUUCGAACGAUGUACAAGUUGAUAAUCCGUUAUUGUUAAAUAAGGACUUUUUACAAAUUUCGUGCAACUGGCAAAUGAAUAACAAUAAACAAUUUCACGAUGCCUUCACCGUAGCAGCUCCGUCUCAAGAAUUUGAGAAGACCAAUUUUGACGAUAUUGUUUCCUUGGAUACGUGUAUAUCUUUACAACCGAUUAAAUCCAACGAGCCAUGCAUGUUGAAUAUAAAAUUGACUAAUCGACAAAGGAUAUCUCGUAUCGCCAUAGUUUCAGAGGCAUAUGUGUUAGAAUUUUUUAAAGAAUUUGGAGAAUACGAAACAACAAAAUUUGCAGAACUUGUAGAUGAAUUUGAGGAUAAUUUCGUUUAUUUUGCGGAAGCAACAAUUUUCCCAUCUGCCACGGAAGCUAGUAUUAAGUUUACAAAAAUGAAGAGCAAAAAUUCAGUCAUAUGGAUAUAUGGUAUAAAGCUCUAUUUAACAGAGUGUACUAACGAGUCUAAAAAUUCCCUAACGGACAUUUUUAAUCCUGAAAUAAUUAAAAAUUUUCUAACCAAACUUACUUUGAAUAACGAAGAACGUAAUGCCUCUACCGAUGUCAAAUCAUAUUGUAAGAAUGUUUUAAGUUCGUCGAAAAAUAGAAGUAGUAAUAAAGAAAGUAAUGAACCAGAGACGGCACAGUGUAUGAGCGAAAAUGCAGUAUCGGAUGAUAUUAUUCAUCUUAAAAUUUACAUCGACAAUAAAUUUUAUGAUAUGGAGACAAAAGUAAUGAAAAGAAUCGAAGAAAUGGAACAGAAGACCAAUCAGAAACUCGAUAUCAUAUUAAAACAAUUAGAAUCACAAUUUAGCAUUAAGUGAUAAUCACUUCAUACGAUUUAAAUGUACAAAAUACAUUUGUAAAU